AUGAAAUCCACCUGUGACCCGCAUUUUGACAAGCACCGCUUUGACAACUAUACAGACUGGUUGGAUCGAGAGACACGGAAGCGGAACCGCGCACAGGGGCAACACAUUGGGUUCGGCUUCCCGGUGCCCAAAGCCCCGCAAGCGCCCCGCCAUGAGCGGCCCUUCUAUAUCACCGAGCAGAGCAUGGUGUCCGGCUUGAUGGUCAGGAGAAAGUAUGACCAGACAGAGACGAGCUAUGCCACGGUGGCCACCAGAUCAGAUCCACACCACUAUCCAAACCACAUUGAUGUGAAAGAUGCGGAUCACUACAAGGCCCCCAGCUCACGUCCCCGCUUCCUGUGCUCUGCCAUGUCGUGCUCGUGCGCGGAGAGUCCAAGCAGCGAGACUGGAAGCAGCGAAUCGGGCAGUGAGUCCGAGAAGUCCGAGAGGUCCGAGAAGCCCAAGAAACUCUCAGCUGAAGAGAGGGCCAAAGCAGCACAGACGUUAGAUAAGCACUUGGGACCUUUGUCCUACCUCUUUACGAACCAUGCCAUUCACAAGUUCUUUCGGAAGUUUGCUCGUGCUAAGACACUGGAUGGGCGCAAGGCCAUCACGCCACAACAGGUGGCUGAGAUGGCGCCACACUUGGCAGAGCACUUGGAAGUUCCUCCAGUGCUCUUCAAACAGGUGGAUGUGCUUUGCCAACGCUUCGACUUUGAUGGAUCUGGAGUGUUGGAUCGGAAGCAGUGCACCAUGAUGUUUCGGAAUAUCUUGCGUCACAAGCGAAAACAGCUUGGACCUCGCCGUCUUCCCGUGGACGUGCCAGAGAUGAGUUUGGCCUCCAGUGGCUAUGUGGUGCAUCGCGAACUCGGGCGUGGUGGUCAAGGAGUGAUGUAUCUCUGCACGUUGGAAGAGGUGCCGUACUGCAUCAAAUUCUUUAGCAAGGCGGAUGGGGAUGAGGAUUGCUUGGAGGAUCUACUCACAGAGUACACUCUGAUGAAGGAUUUCAGCCAUCUGAAUGUGGCUAAAACCUUCGAGGUCUUCCAGGACAGCGAAUUCUUCUACCUGGUCAACGAACCCUACUUUGGAGGUGAUUUGACCAAGCUGGGCAAACGAGCACAUGAUCAGGGCCUGGCGAUGAGUGAGCACUGGUGGCGGGUAAUCUUCCAGCAAUGUCUGGACGGACUGCAGUACCUCCAUUCGCAGGCAGUCAUGCAUUGCGACAUCAAGGAGGAGAACAUCAUGGUCGCAGGCGCCGAUUGUGAAGAGCCGCGUCUGGUUCUCAUCGAUUUUGGUCUGGCCGAAGGCUUCCUUUCGACCUCCAGUGGAUGUAGUGGCACUGCUGGAUAUAUUCCGCCUGAGACCUGGGAGACAGAGCACUGGUAUCCCAAAGGAGAUAUUUUCAGCAUGGGCAUCGUCUUCUUCCAGCUGAUGAUCGGCCAGGUGCCCAAUGGCGAAGUUUUGGGAAUCUUGCAGACCUCUGGCAGGAGCGAACAGGACAAGGCCGCAGGCCUGGCCUUGAAGCUCCCCUGGCAGCGCUUUCCCUCGCAGAUGCUGCAGCUGGCUGCACUCAUCGCCUGCAUGACGCACCGGGAGAUGCAGCACCGGCCCAGUGCGGCAGCGGCCUUGAAGCAUGAGUGGUUUUCCUGCGACUCCGAUGAGGACUUCCCGGCAGAGAACCGUGCCGCCUUGAUUGGCAGCUCCGCCUCCCAAAGUCUGCGGGAACAGGUGACCUAUGAACUGGCGUCAAAGAACAACCUGCACAACCUACGGGAACUCAAGGAAAACCUUGAAGAGUUGAGCAGAAGGAUCAAGAAACCCAACGUGGCUGCAAAAGAUUCGGUUGUUGAGGUCCUGAUUGACUAUGGGGUUCGGAAAGGUUGUGCUCGGGAGUAUGCAGCCGUUUGCGGUGCUGAUGGUUUUCUUGAUUUCUCUCUGUGGAUAGAUCAGGCACUACGACUCCGGGAACAGUACACCUCACAAUUCCUGCAAGACUUGUUCCUGGAACUGGACUAUGACGAGCAGGGUCAACUCUCGAGGAGGCAACUUGAGAGCCUGCUGAAAUGUGGCGCCGUGGAAUGUGACAGUGACGAGGUUGAAGAGAUAUUGGAUGCUGUGGAAUUUGAUGAGUCCGGCUAUAUCGAUGUAGGAACUGUCCGGGCGUUGAUGCUGAGAGAUGGUCGGAUCGCCCGAAGGACUCAGGUCUUUGACACCAAGCUGUGCGACGAUUGCCACAGGGUCGUGGAUGAACACCUGCGUGCAGCAGUGCCCGACUUUGUAGUGGAACAACGGCUGCGGGCGGAGCGAGGUGAGACGAGGACUCAUCCCGAUAAGGACAUCUUAGACAUUCUCUUCAGUGACAAUGUGAAGCCCCAGAAAGCCACUUUCAAAGAGCUCAACGUGGAUCUCUCCUGCAUCGAUUUACCUGUGCAGGAAGGUGGCCCUGUGCGCGCGAGACACCAGUAUGUGGAGCGGAAGAACUUCAUGCCAGAGCCCGUCCCUCCUCCGGAGGAAGUGGAGGAGGAAGAGCGGCGCAGUGGCUGGAAUUGGUGCAAGGAGGGCAGGAAGUUGCUGGAUACCUCUGGAGACUGGACCGAGGAGAAGGCUGCACUGCAUCGAUCCCAAAGCCUGCCACAGGCCCUGGCUGGCGCCUCUUUACUUCCAGGUGCCAAUGGUGUCCCGGCCUCACCCUUCCAUGGCAUGGCCACACGACGCUUCGGGGAGGACUCAGGCUGGGAUGGUCGCAUGCGGGGCUCGCUUUUGGCACGGCGUGGAUGGGCUGGAACUGCACCGGACAAGGACUGCAAGUGA